CCUCCAGGCCGCUUCCCGGCGCCCGGCGCGGGCGCGGCCCCCGCUUCCCGGUAGUGAUGCCACCAAGAAGGAAUGGGAAAUACAAGCUUCCUGUUCCACUUCCAGAAGGCAAGAUUUUGGAUGAUAUGGAAGGAAAACAGUGGAUGCUGGGAAAGAUGAUUGGCUCUGGGGGAUUUGGAUUGGUAUAUCUAGCUUUCCCCACAAAUAAACCAGACAAAGAUGCAAGACAUGUAAUAAAAGUGGAAUAUCAAGAAAAUGGCCCAUUAUUUUCAGAACUUAAAUUUUAUCAAAGAGCUGCAAAAAAAGACUGUGUUAGAAGAUGGAUAGAACAUAAACAACUUGAUUAUUUGGGAGUUCCGCUGUUUUAUGGAUCUGGUCUUACUGAAUUUAAGGGAAGAAGUUACAGAUUUAUGGUAAUGGAAAGACUGGGAAUAGAUUUACAGAAGAUCUCAGACCAGAAUGGACCCUUUAAGAAGUCAACUGUCCUGCAGCUAGGUAUCCGAAUGUUGGAUGUAUUGGAAUUCAUUCAUGAAAAUGAAUAUGUUCAUGGUGAUAUAAAAGCAGCAAAUCUACUUUUGGGUUACAAAAAUCCAGAUCAGGUUUUUCUUGCAGAUUAUGGGCUUUCCUACAGAUAUUGUCCCAAUGGGAACCACAAACAGUAUCAAGAAAAUCCUAGGAAAGGCCAUAAUGGGACAUUAGAGUUUACCAGCUUGGAUGCCCACAGGGGAGUAGCCCUGUCCAGACGAAGUGACCUUGAAAUCCUUGGCUACUGCAUGCUGCGGUGGUUAUGUGGGAAGCUACCCUGGGAACGGAACCUGGACGACCCUGUGGCUGUGCAGACUGCUAAAACAAAUUUAUUGGAUGAACUUCCCGAGUCAGUUCUUAAAUGGGCUCCUUCUGGAAGCAGUUGCUGUGAAAUAGCCCAGUAUUUGAUGCAUGCUCAUAAUUUAGCAUAUGAUGAAAAGCCAGACUAUCAGAUGCUUAAGAAAAUUCUGAACCCCAAUGGAAUAUCUUUAGGACCUUUGGAGUUUUCAACUAGCAGAAGGAGUAUAAAUGUGCAUACUCCCAACCAUCAGAACGUUGAUUUGCAAAAGGUUGCAGCAAAACAAGUCAAUCAGAUGCAAAAUAGGUUAAAAGAAAAAAAACCCCACAGUGAAAGAAGUGCUGAGUCCUGUGCAACUUGGAGAGAAGUGCAAAAUAAGAAGCUGAUUGGAUCAUUUGACAGUGAAGUAGCUCAGAAAAUCAUAAGGAAGAGACAAAAAUAUUGUCAGUUUCAAGAAUUUUCAAAUGAAGCAAAAAGCACUACACAAAAUUCCAGCUGCACACAAUGCCUAAAUUCAUCUUAUGAAUCUCAUCAAGACUUUAUCAUCAGUCCACGCCAAUUGCACAAGUCAAGCUCUCCAUUUUGGGACACAUACACUUCCACAACUGCUAUGGAGGCCAGAGAGUUAGAAAGUUCUACAGGAUUUGGGCUUAACAUUUCCCAGUUUACUCUUAGUGAAGAGACAAAGGCUGAAGUGUAUCCUUAUGGUGUCAUCAUUCUUUGUCUUUUGAUAUUAAUAUGUCUUGCUCUGUAUUUUCUCUGAAGAUAAAAUUAUUUUGAUAAUUUUUAAAGUUUCUGUUCUGCCACAGAAGUAGUACGUUCUUUUUUCAGGGUUUCCUUCCAGACAUUUUCAAAGUAAUUGGCUGGGGAAAAAGAGAAUAAAUUUUAAAAAAGUUUGAAGACAUUUUAAAAAAAUUUCUUUAAAAACAAAUGGAAUCAUGAUACAGUUUGGAAAAUACUCUUCUGAAGUUUCAGAUCACUUAGGUUAACAAAAUGUUGAGAAGGACAACAGAAACAGAAAAAUCAGUGUUUUAAAACUUUUAGAUAAGGUAAUAAUAUACUGUUUGAGCAUACUGUUUAGAUAUUCAUCUUCUAGAACACAUUAUUAAAAGCUGGAUACAUUUUAUGAAACGUGAUUAGUAAUUUGCUUACCUUACUGCAAUAUGGACAUUCACCAAAUAAGAUGUUGAAACUCUGUCUACUGGUCAGUAGUCCUCUCAACCACUGAAAAUUUUAAAAAGAUAAAAGAAGCCAUAGCAAUACAAUUACAAUUGAGAUACUACAAAUAUUUCCUUUCUACUUUUAUUCCAUUAGAUUUAAUUUUUUAAUUUUUCUAUGUAACACUAAGCUGAACCUUUCCUGACUCAGUGAGGGGAAACCAGUAUGGAUUUGAAGUCUACACUAAUGCCAAUGGUUUAUAACAAAACCCUGAAACUGAUGCAUACAAGUCCAGGGAGUUCACAGACCCUAUCUAAAUCCAUUAAUUAUGAAUUAAGAACUAUUGCUGUGAAAGAUACCACAGACUUGAAAAUUUAGGUUUUAAUCACCAACCCUGAGUUAAAUCUCAAACAUUACAAGAUUAGCAGUCCAUUUUUAAGGUUUAAGUGAAUCUUCAUUAUUGCAAAACAUAUGUUCACUUAAGAAUACCUUUAUAAUAAGUCAUGCUAUUUUACUAUUUUAUAUAAGGUAAAUUGACAUCUCUAUCUAAGCUCUCCAUUGUUAAAAUACAGAUAGCACCAACUAUCAUCGCUGAAGCACUAUACAAAUGCAGUGUGGUUUAUAUACAGAUGAACAUUCAAUUAUGUCAACUGUGCCCUAAGAUGAAUGCUAUAUAAGCCAAAUGAUUAAAGAAAUGAAGACUUCACAAUAUUAAAUAGUAAAUAAAACACUGAGUACUGAGAAAUUUAGAUCACAAAGUGCAUUCUUCUCAAUAUCAAAAAUAGAAUUAUUACAAUAAAUCUAGCUUGAAAAGUAAUAGGUAUACUCCAUAUACUAGUUACCUUUCACCUUACUGGUAUCCCACUCCCACUUCAGACUACAAAGUUUGCAUGUGGUUAUAGCAGAUGUUUACUGAAAGAGUCCAAUGUACAUCAAUUUAUUAUGCAUCAAUGGCAUAAUAUAGUCCAUGAAUAUAGUCUAGACACAUUAGAACAUUUCUGUAUUCAUUAGUAACCACGAUGAAGCAAAUAAACAUCUGUGAUGAAACGGGAAAGGCCUUAAUGGCUAAGGGAUCACUACUGACUAAAAAAGAUUCUGUAUUCACAUGCAGACUUCCUUUGUUGUAUUAGUUCAAACAAGUCUUGCUGUUAUUUUUAUACCAUUUUUUUACCUCAUAUAAACAUAUUUGAUGGAAAGGCUGUCCACACUGGGGAUUAUCACACACUUGAUCAGGAAUGGUACCUUCAAAUUGAUAGGCAUAACAAAUUCCACAAUCCAUAGAAAAAUCCUUAAAGAAAAAUAUAAGCACGUGUGUUUAAGACAUAUAAUGACAAAAAAAAAACAAAAACCUAUUGCACAGACACUAUUAAAUAAUUAUAGUCUUUACAAAGGAUACUGCUAUACUAUAGAAAAAUAAAACCACAUCUUCACUAUUUAACAACCUAUGAAAGUUAUUUUUAAAAAAGUACUUCCCUUUUCACACCAUUUUGGCUCACAGGGUAUUUAGGUGAAAAUUUUCCACUAUUGUACAUCAAUAUAAUGCCUAAUAGUAUGUAAAGAUAGGAACUGAUGUUUGUUUAAGAUUAUUUCACUUUAAAAUUCUGUAAAUGUAAAAACAUCCCCACUUUAGUCGUCUACAACUUUAGCAGUUUUUUCAAAAUUCAAUGCUAUUUAUUAUUUUGGGUAUGCAGUAGGUGUCUAAUUUUGAAAAACUGAACUUCCACUCUUCACAUACACUGUAUGAAGCUAACUAGAAUUGUAUUUCAGUUAUCUACACUCCAAUAAUAUACAAAAUCCAAACAUGUCAUUAGCUACUUUGGGCAUUUCCCCUUAUUUGUAAUAAUAAGGUUGUCAUUUAUCUCUUUACUGCUACUAAGGCCAUGGAAAAAGUACACUUAUAACCACAAUCAGAGGUUAACAAGUUCUUUGAUGCAACUCUUGCCUGUGUUUCAAAAGUCUGUUAAAAUUUUCCUCCAGUUCCCUGCUUCAUUUUCCUUUCAUGCCUAAAAUAACACUUAACUUUCAUUAUGCAAUGCAGGUUUGAAUUAUCAAAGCACUGAUACAACUUACAGAUUUUUCCAGGACAGCACGAGCUGGAAAAUCAAUUUCUAAAACAUCUUUCAAAUUUUGUAACAGACUAUUUUCUGGAUCCCUGAAAGCAUGUAAAAGAUUUUUUUUCUGUUAUUAAACCUGUAAAGUCAUAGAAAAGUAACAAUUCUAUUGCAAAGAUACCUACCACAAAUGUAUAUUUCUGCUUAGCUUAAUUCCCAGGGGUUUUACCACUUUAAAAAGAAAAAAAAGUUUAAUUAAACUUAAUAAAAGUUUAACAAUUUAAACAGGGUUUGCAUUGGCACAUUUUUUUUUUUUCAUUGAGACUCAAUGGACUUAAAACAAGUGUAGGUGUACUACUAAUGAUUAUCACAAUAAGUUAAAAUCCAUCACUAUAAAUAGUUAUAAUGUUCUUACGAGAACUACUAAGAUCUACUCUCAGCAACUUUUAAAUAUACAAUAUAAAUUGUUAGCUAUAAAGUUUCUUAAAUACUUGAUCAGAAAGCCUAACUCACAAAGUACAAAAUGAGACAUUUUCAUUUAAAGUAAUUACCAUCAAUAUGUUAAUACUUUAGGAUAUUUUAACAGCAGUAGCCAUGAAUUGUAUGAUUCUAUCAAAAACAUUGAAAUCUGAGGUGUAAUAAUACCAUGGUCAGCUCCAAGAAAGCAACACUCAGGAAGCAUAGUAGGAUGCCUGGGAUCUACCUCUAUGUUUAUUGACGCAUUAGUCCCUAAAAUAAAAAAUUAGAAUUUUUAGAAGUAGAACAUUUUGUCAAAAAAUAAAGGAGUAUCUCUUUAGGUACAUAUUGUAUCCCAAAGAAAGGUUAAGCAAGUAUUUUAUAGGUUUUUGUAAAGACAAAUAUAUGAUCAGACAGCAUAAGUUUAAAAACGAAAAAGACAAUCCUUAAGAUAAUACAAUUAACUUAGAGUUCUGGUCAGAAUUCUAUUAGUUUCAAUUAAAAAUUAUCACAAAUCAGAAGUUUAAGAAAUGAUCUUAAUUUUUGUGAAUUUCUUGAAACGGUUUUAUACUAUGGUAAAUAAAAAAGACUAAAAAUAAACAUGCUUAAGA